AUGGAUCCGCUUGACGAGGAGUCCUUCUUGGACGAGCUCAUGCCGCUUCAACGGGAGGAGGCGCCGGCGCUGACUUACCAGGGCAGCAACGGCAUGAUGACGAUCAGCGACCUCCUCUUCUACGGCGGCGAGGCCUGCACUGCCGAGGAGAGCAGUAGCGUGGGCUUUGUCUGGCCAUUUCAGCAGCCCAUGCCGCCCUCGCCACCGGCCGCGCGUCCGCACCCGCCGAACCAGGAGUUCAACUUUAACUACCUGAGCGAAGUGUGCAACCCCUGGAGGAGCUACAUCCCUGACCCUCCUGCGGUCGUCCAGGCUGCUGCCGGCAAGGGGCCGCUCACUCUUCCCCUCCAUGACGCUCUUGCGAGCUCGUCAACGUUCGUGUUCGGGGGAGGGGACGGGGAGAGCUUGGGGAUGAGAAGCAUGCCGGCCUUCGGCACCCACCCAGAGAGCAAGCUCAACGCCGGAAGCGGAACUCCGUCAAAGAACCUCAUGGCGGAAAGGCGGCGCCGGAAGCGGCUCAACGACCGCCUUUCCAUGCUCCGCUCCACCGUGCCCAAGAUUAGCAAGAUUGGCGCCACGCCCGAGGAGCUGAACCUGCUCAAAAAUUUCUCCAGCGGUGGCAAUGAGGAGACGCCGACGAGGAGUUCCACCAAGGUAUGUGCAAACGUCGAGAACCGAGGCGGAGGCGACACGAAGAUUGAGAUCUUCUGCUCGACAAACCCCGGAGCGCUGAUCGCGACGGUGACCGCGCUGGACGUGCUGGGGUUGGAGAUCAAGCAGUGCGUCGUGAGUUGCUUCAGUGACUUCGCCAUGCAGGCCUCGUGCUCACAAGCGGAAGGGAAGAGGCAGGUGAUAAGCACAGACGAGAUCAAGCAGGCAUUGUUGAGGAGCGUAGGCUACGGGGGAAGGUGUCUAUAA